AAAUCGCAGUAGUCCUUCAAUUGUACGAAGACCACUUCGCGUCUAAAGUUACGAGGGAAAUAUAGCAUCGACCAGUACAGUGUAACCCCCUACGACAUGUCCGCGUACACAACACCUACCCAGUCUAGAGCGACUUCGGGAUAUUCCCAUGUUAGUCAUGUUGCUGCCCCAGUGGCCGAAUCUCGGUUACCGGUUGAACUAGAUGCGACAAGAGAUAUAAAAUUAUUUUCAGGUCCCUGUGGUAUUGGCCAACAUAAAAUAAGUCAUAUCAUCGACCACAACGUCUUUCUGGGUAUCGGAGACGCCUCCAAAGAGAAAACCAGCGAAUUGCGGUAUAUCUGCAGAGGGCCCACUGGAAGCAGUACCCAUCUGUCCCCGCGGCACGAACGGGUUGGAGAAAUUGGCUGGAAUUACAGUAGGUUUAAAGAUUACACGAAAACAAAAAGAAUGCCAGUUCGAAAGGUUUACAACAUCGGGAUUAAAGACUGAUGUCCAAGCGAUGUUAACCCUCUACAAUGACUGCACCCAAAAAUCUUGUCACAAGAAAUGCAUGUAAAUUUCAGUGUAUACAGAAAUUAGUUUCAUUUUGUUGAGCUUGCUGUUUCGUUGGGCAGUGAUGAUGUACCACAAUGCAGAGUAAUACCACACGACCAUCACUGACGAUGAAACAUUAUACAAUACCUACUGUAGGGUCUAUGAUGACAUUUUUGUUGUUGUAUACAGGACGCGUUUUUCGCUUUUGUGAAAGUUGAAAUUGUCAUAAUCACCGUCUAUUUCAUUUGAAUUUGUAAUGAACACCAUAUUAUUCAUCCGUUAUGUGAUACCCUGAUGUAUUACAGUUAUGCUAUUCCUAUAAAAUGAAAAUGUAUAAUUAUCACAACCAGACACACUUUACUGGGUACUGAUCACAUUUAAAAUUGCAUCGUGCAUGGGUGUCAAUUCUGUACGUGGUUGGUGCACUUUGCUUUGUAAUAAUUAAAAUGCACACUUAUUCUCAUU